AUGGCUCGCCUACGCUCUAUCUCGAUGCAUUUGCUGAUCAUGUUCAUACUCAGUCAGCUUCAUACCGCUUCCUCAUUCCGUUCUGAGCCAGCACCAAAAGAAGACCCAGAUCCAACGGAAAACCUUUGCAGGGCAAGUGAGGUUCAGGAGGAUGAGUUUGCGCCAACUCCUUCUGGGAUGGAUGGCGUUUUCCAGGUUCCCAGCUUUGACUUUGUAGGUCACACCUUGCAAAAAUUCAAACAACCAUGGAUAUCAUAUCUAAAUAUAUCUACUGUAGAUCAUCCAGAUGUACCCUCUGGUAAACUAACAUAG